AUGUCAAAGUCAAAACGAAGUGAUAAAUUAAUUUAAAAGCAGACUUAAAAUAAAUGGAUUGAUAAAGUAGUCUGUAAAAACUAUAGAAUUCUCAGUCCAUUAAAUUCAGGUUCAGAAUCUAAAUAUUUUAUUAGGCACUUUUGGUCAUAUUUACUUAGCAAUUCAUCAAAUUAAAUAAGAAUAUUAUGCAGUUAAGAUAUUAGAAACAGGUAAAAACCCAAAUCUUGCUCAAUCUGUUAAGAAUGAAGUUGACGUAUUGUAUAAAUUAAAUGGAAAUAUUGGAUUUCCACGGUUAUAUUAUUUUAUUUAGAAUGGAACUGAGAGUUUCAUUGUGUAAACUUUACUAGGAUAAAAUUUAUACUAAUUAUUAAUGCAAACUCCAAAAAAAGUAUUUUCUUUAAAAACAGUUCUAAUGUUCUUAGAUUAAGCAAUCGAACGAUUAUAAUAUUUACAUAUAAAUGAUUAUAUACAUAGAGAUAUAAAACCAGAAAAUUUUAUGACAGGUUUAAAAGAAGAUGAAAUUUAUCUUAUUGAUUUUGGAUUUGCAUCAAAAUAUAGAGAUUAAGGAUAACAUAUUGAGAGAUAGAAAAAUGAAAAUGUGAUUGGAACUCCAAGGUACUUGAAUGAUUAACUUUGCUAAGCCUAGAUUUUGCCCAAUUUGCUCACAUUUGAGCUUAUCUUAAAAUCGAGCUAGUGAUCUAGAAAGUUUAGGAUAUUUAGCCAUUUAUUUUUUGAAAGGUUCAUUACCAUGGAUGCAUAUUCAUGCAGAUACACCAGAAGAAAAAAUAAAAUUAAUUGGAUAAAAAAAGAUGAAUACAUCAAUUGAAGAAUUAUGGUAUUUUCUAAUAAAAAUAAUAAAUAGUUCUGGAUUACCUAAAACAUUCGAAGAUUAUUUUAAAUAUAUUUAAAAUAUAUCAUUUGAUGGAGAUCCAAAUUAUGAAUAUAUUUAAAAAUCUUUUAAGAAAUUAUAUCAAACAUUAGGAUAUCCUUUUGAUCAAAAAUUUGAUUGGACAAAAGAAGAAAUUAGAAUUUCUUAAGAUAAUGAGAAUAAUAAUAAAUUAUAGUAAUUUUUAGAUGUUGGAAGAAAAUCAUUUACAGCUGAUGUUAAUAUUGAAGAAUUACCAUCAUAAAUUUAAAAAAAGUAAGAUUAUUCUAUUUAUUUUUAUAGAUAAAUUGAAAGGAUUCAUCAUCUCAGAAUCUAAGAAGAUUUAUUUUUAAUAACUGAUUUGUAAUAAGAUGAAAUUUAAGAAUUUGAACCAGGAUUUACAUUAUUUGAAAGAAUGCAAUAGAUAAAUAAAUAAUAGUUGAAGAAAUAAAAAUGA